AUGAACUAUCCCAUGAGAGAUAAAGCUGCUCACUUCAAGCGGCCUCUGGGACCAGACCAGAACACGGCCAACAUACCAAUUAUUGAUAUUUCUGCUCCUGAUGCCGACCAAAAAGAAGUUGCUAAACAGCUUGUCGACGCUGCUGAAGAGCAUGGGUUCAUUUACAUCCGCAACAUGGGCCAUGACAUUCAAGCUAAGGACAUUGAUGGGGCGUUUGAUCUUGUCAUAAAGACAUUCGAAUGCCCCUUGGAAGAGAAGCAAAGGUGCACGAUUCAGACCAACAACCGGGGGUGGUCUGGCAUGCACUCCGAAACACUGGACCCUAAACAUCAAAAGGUCGGAGACUUCAAAGAAGCCUUCAACUUUGGCGAGUUCGCUGAUGGGAAAGCUCAACAGCCUCUCCCAUCUGACCUGGUUCCCGAUGAGCCUCAGAUAAGUGCUUUUGCUAACUCCUGCCAUGACCUCUGCCAGAAACUUCUUUACCUGCUUGGUCUAGGUCUCGGUGUCGACGAUUUCUUUUCCUCUGCUCACAACACAGAAAAAGGCGCUUCGAGCUCUAUCCUUCGUUUUCUGCGUUAUCCACCCCCGGAAUCUACUGCACACUCCGAAGAUGACAUUCGUGCUGGAGCUCAUUCAGAUUACGGCUCUAUCACUCUCCUCUUCCGUUUAAAGGGACAAGCAGGACUCGAAGUUCUCAGAAAGGAUAACGUCUGGGCACCUGUUCCUGUGUCUCCCGCUGGCACUGAGCAAGACCCCAGCCCGCCCAUUCUCAUCAACAUCGGCGACCUGUUGUCAUACUGGACAAACGGGCUGUUCCGCAGCACUGUACACAGAGUUGUCUUCCCCUCAGAAGGCAGCUCCGGGGUACAAGGGGAGACAAGCAAUGGGCCAAGAUAUUCAAUCGCAUACUUUUGUCACCCUGUCGGGGCCGUACCUCUUGAGCCUGUCCCUAGCGAAAGAGUAAAGAACUUUACUCCUUCCGAGGGAGUGUCCAGCGAGAACCCUUAUGCUACAAGAAAGGUCAUGACAGCCGAUGAGCACCUAUUUAUGAGACUCAAGGAGAGUUACGGCGAUCUGUAUGAGGAAAAAUCAUAG